UAGCAAAUUAAAUGUUUUGGAAGCAAUUAAAUUUAUUGGAGAUGCGUGGAAUGCUAUUACACAACAAACUAUUCAUAAUUGUUGGAAAAAAACAGGUAUUUUACCUGAUUCUAACUCAUCAACUAUCGAAACAGCAACCGAAGAACAACAAAAUUUAGAAAACAAUAAUUUAGAAGAUUUGCGGCAAAUUUUAGAAUCAGAAACUGCUAAUAGUAUUAAAUUUGAGGAUAGUUUAAGUGAUGAAGAGCUAGAUUUAAUAAGUCAUAAAGAAGGAUUAAAUGCUUUAACUACUUUUAUUGAUUACUUUAAACAACAAACAGAUGCGGAUUUUAAAAUUGAAGAUUUGAAUAUUUUCAAAAAAUAUAAUAAUAUUGUUAGAAAAAAAUAUUUAGCAAAUAUGAAGCAAAAAACUUUAGAAAAUUUUCUUUAA